GAAACGAAGCUGUCAAAGCUCUCUACCGGGCUAGCCGAAAUGGCAGGCUUUAUAUUUAUAACAUUAUUCGCGUUUAUAAAUUAUUUGCCAAUCGUACACAGCAACAGUUUUGAGACGAAAGCGGCGCAGUUCUUCAGCAGCGGUCACACUAACAACUGGGCAGUGCUGGUUUGCACGUCGAGAUUCUGGUUCAACUACCGCCAUGUUGCCAACGUGCUGUCUGUGUACAGGAGCGUGAAGAGACUGGGCAUCCCGGACAGUCACAUCGUUCUGAUGUUAGCCGACGACAUGGCCUGCAACCACAGAAACCCCAAACCUGCGACCGUCUUCAGCCACAAGAACAUGGAGCUGAACGUGUACGGAGACGACGUCGAGGUGGAUUACCGCGGAUACGAGGUGACGGUGGAGAACUUCCUGCGAGUGCUGACCGGACGACUCCCGGCGAGCACGCCUCGCUCCAAACGCUUACUGAGCGACGACCGCAGCAACAUCCUCAUCUACCUCACAGGUCACGGCGGGAACGGCUUCCUGAAGUUCCAGGACUCGGAGGAGAUCAGCAACGUGGAGCUGGCCGACGCGUUCGAGCAGAUGUGGCAGAAGCGAAGGUAUAACGAGCUGCUGUUUAUCAUCGACACGUGCCAGGGGGCGUCCAUGUACGAGAGGUUCUACUCACCCAACCUCAUGGCUUUAGCCAGCAGCCAAAUAGGAGAGGACUCGCUUUCACACCAGCCUGACCUCGCCAUCGGAGUCCAUCUGAUGGACAGAUACACCUUCUACCUGCUGGAGUUCCUGGAAGACAUCCAUCCUGCCAGUCAGGCCAACAUGAACGAUCUGUUUAAGGUGUGUCCUCAAAGCCAGUGUGUGUCCACACCGGGCCACCGUACCGACCUGUUCCUGCGACACCCCGGCAGCGUCCUGAUCACCGACUUCUUCGGCAGCGUGCGCAAGGUGGAGAUCACACGGGAGGUGCUGAACCUGACCGCGCCCGCAGAGGAAGCGUCCGCAGUCACGUCUGUUCCUCAACCAAAAGAGACGCGCGAGAUGCUGUCUUACGUAGACCAGUUACCAGUGGCCGAGAUCAUUCAUCAGAAACCCAAGCAGAAGGAGUGGCACCCUCCGGACGGGUUCAUCCUCGGCCUGUGGACGCUCAUCCUGCUCGUCUUCUUCAAAACCUACGGCAUCAAACACCUCAAGCACAUCUUCUGAACGGUCUCCGCGUCCCUCCAGCACCGAUUUCUUCUUGUCGGCUGGAGGAAAAAGGAAAAAAAAAAAACCAUCCUGAGGCCCAGGGCAUUCUCAUGUCUCGUUCUAACUACUGACUUUGAUGAUCCUUUGGGUAAAUUUUUUUUUUUUAAUCCUGGGAUACAGUCAACCAUGGACAAACUUGCUUCGAAGCUCCGUUCAGCGCAUUUUAAACUACGGAAUCAAUUUUGGCCAAAAUGUUCAUACAAUACUUUUGAAAUAUCAAACA